CAUACGGUGACGUAAAGUGUCGCCGCGGAGGAAGACCAACAUGUGGAGAGUUUAAUAGCCAAACAAACUAGCACGAGAUGGAGAACUACACUAAAGCCCGGACGGUGGAGCAGCCGUCCGUCUGUCCGUUCGCCGGCCUCCCCCCUGAUACGCCGGAGGUCCGCGUCAAAGACGGCAGCAAGAUCCGCAACCUGCUGCGUUACGCCCAGAGCCGCAUGGAGGCCAAACCCCGAGCGGCGGAGGACGAGGCGCCCGACGACGGCGGCGUGGCUGCGGAGGAGCGGCGGGAAGCGCCGGGCCGACCGCUCUGCAAACAGAUCGUCUUCACCGCCACAGGUAAGGGCGUGGCUAAAGCCAUCACGUGCGCUGAGAUCACGAAGCGGCGCCUGAAGGGGCUCCACCAGCUCACCAGGCUGCUGUUCAGCACCGUGCAGGAGGUGUGGGAGCCGCUGGAGCCCGCCGCCGGCCUCGACAGCCUGACGGUCAGCAGAAACCUGCCCGCCAUCUGGAUCCUCCUCUCCAGAGAGCCGCUGGACUGCAGCCAGCCCGGAUACCAGGCGCCGGGCCGCUACGACGCCCUGUGGACGCAGUCUGCCAACAGGGAGGAGGGCGGACAGAGACCGGGACACAAGAGGAAGAAAGGAGCAGGAGGAGCAGGAGGAGGAGGAGGAGGAGGAGGAGGCGGCAGAGGGAGGGCACCGGGCCGUCAGACUGGACGGUCCAAAGAGGACAGACCUAAAGGACAAAGCUAAUUUAACUUUUGACAAACUGCAUGGACAGAAAGGAGACAAAAAGUCUGUGAGGGAGCAUGAAGACAUGGACACUUUUUAACAUCUGGGCCAAGUGAAUCAAAGAAGCCUGGUUGCUUUUGACGCCAGCUUAGCUAUUUAACCCUUUGAAACCGAAUCAAUGUCUUUCAAAAACAUGAAAAGGUGAGAAAGACUUGAGAAGAAAUUA